CCCCCAUCCAUCCAUCCGCCCACCCAUGAACACAUCUCAGGCAGACAUCAGACAUGUCACUGUUGUGCGGGCGCGUAGGGGUCUGUCAGCCACUCGACUCUCUGUCCGUUCUUCCACAUCGCCAGACGGGAUGUGCCAUUCUCCACAUAACUGACAGGCAGGCAGGCAGGCCAGGCAUAUGUGAAAGAAGUGCGUGUGUUCCUUCGUCGCUUACUAUCGUCCUUCGCCGUUCUGCUUGCCGCUCCGCCAGAAGCCCUCAUAGCGCCUUCGCACAUCACACACACAGACACACGGUCCAUGUGUGUCUCCCGUCUGUGUGUGUGUGUGUGUUGGGGCGUGGCGUACCUGCCAUCGGACCACUUGAAUCUGUCACCACACACAACAAACGACGUAAUGGAUGGGGCGUGCGUCGUGCCUAUGUUGGGGCGUACAUGCCGAAGCCGUCCUUUUUGUCGUUUUUGUACAUGCCCUCAUAGGUGCGACCGUCGGGCCACUUGUAGCUGCCGACGCCAUCCAUCAGCGAGCCAACCCAUGUGCCGCGGAACUCACGGCCGUCCUGACCUGUUAAUCCAUCCAUCCAUCCAUCGAUGGGGCGCCGCCCCUCAGUGUAUCUGUCUGUGCGUGUGGGUACCGGUGUAGUGUCCGUGGCCGUGUAUCUUGUUGUGUCUCCACUCGCCCGCAUAGCGGCUGCCGUCGGACCAAAAGUAGACGCCCACGCCGUCCUUCUUGCCGUGAAUGAAGGUGCCUUCGUACUUGGCGCCCUCCUGCCACUCCUCUAUGCCAUACCCGUGCUGCUGGUCGUCCUCCCACUGCAAAUGGAUGGAUGGAUGGAUGCGUGUGUCUCGUCGGUCGCUCGUGUGCUCCACCCACCUCACCUGGCCUCUGUAGGUGCUUUGGUUCUUGUGUAUGUAUGUGCCGACGCCCCUUGCGGCGUUCUGGUGCCACUGGCCGAUGUACUUGUCGCCGUCGGCGUGCACGAACUCGCCCUUGCCAUGCGCCUUGUUCUCAACCCACUCACCUGUAAGGAGAGGAGACAUGUGCUGGGCCCUUUCUGUGUAUCUGUCUGUCUGUCUUUGCCUUCAUAGCAGGCGCCGUCAGCCCAGGUCAUCUUGCCGUGGCCGUGCCGCUUGUUGCCGACCCACUGCACCCAUCACCCUUACUUACACGUGUCUGCCUGUGUGUCUUUGUGCUUGAGUACCUGUCCCUCAUAGACAGCUCCCGUCUUGAACGUGUACGGCGGCUUGGUGGCGGCGACGCGGCCGCCGUCGUCGGGGAUCAACUCCAGCUCAACCAACUCACGCUCAAAGUAGUUGCCUGCAGACAGACAGGAGUGUGCAGGAGGUGAGGUGAGGCGAGUGAAAAAACAAGAAGACAGGAGUGUGUGUGGGUAUCGAAGGGUGGAUAUCCGACCACUCACCCUGUUGCAGGCCGGUGAUGACGCCGUUCUCCGCCUGCUCCUCCUCGCCCUCCUCCUCCUCCUCCUCCUCCUCCUCCUCCCUCUCCGACUGCUGCUUCAGCUGUUGCUGCUGCUGUUGCUGCUGCUGCUGUUGCGAUGGCUCCUUGUCGGCCUCAAGGACGAUUUUUUCCUUCAUGGGCGUUACGUCGGGGUACCGCACCACAGGGUACUCCUCCACCUUGGUCUGCUGGUCAGCCUGGUGCACGCAUCAAUAAUCAUUGUCAUUAUAUAUCGUUACAUACAUAUCAUUGUGAGCUCUCUGCCUGUUUGCACUGCACUGACCACCUCUCUCUCGGCGCAGCAUAGCAGACGGCAUGUGAGAGAGUUCCCCAUCUGACGGCGAAAGAGAGAGAGGGAGCUAAAGGUCUAUUGGUUGCAUUCCAUCGUGCCCGCCCGGGGCGUGCGGCUGCUGGCUCACCUUCUUUGCAAUGGUCAGGAGGAGAGGGGCUCUAUGCACGAGACUGAGAGACUGAAACUGAGACGGGCCAGCUGGGGGCGAGGUGUUCUUCCGCUUGCCUUUGUCUUUUCUCCCUUAGAAAGUGAUUCUGAGUCUACUGACUCCUCACCUCACCCUAACUUCAGGCGGCGUGAAACUGUAUCAAAUGGGGACCGCUGACGGCGAUAUAGCGUGAUUGAUUGACCGACAACAGCGCAGCACCACACCCGUGCGUCGUCCUCCCUCCCGCAACGCCAUCACUGCCGUAGCUCUCGCCGCACACAGCCACCCGUAUUAUCGGCUUAUCGAACCUAGCCUCCCUCCCUCUGCCUCUCCUCAACCCUCGAGCUCUUCGUGUUCGUUCGUUCUGUCGGCGUCAUGUCGUGGACGCGCCGGGCGAGAGCAUCUUGUCCGCUUGUG